CUCAACCACCUUCUUUAGUUACCAAUUCAACAUGCUGCAUCGAUAGUACUUCUUUUUGUAUGCCUGUUUGCGUCCAUGGCUUGAUAUGUGUCGAACACAUGUUUCGGCUGUGGAUAUGCAAUCCUGUCACGAGAAAGGUCGCACUGUUGCCCCAACCAGGUCCCCGUAAACAAUUCACGACAUGGUAUAUGGGAUAUGAUCCUAUCAAUUACCAUUAUAAGGUAUUGUUUUUGUCAAAAGAAUGUUUAUUAGAGGCAUAUAAAGUGGAAGUGUUUACAUUGGGAGGUGAAAGUUCAUGGAAAAUGAUUGAGGGUGGGAAUGUUCACUUUCCGGAAACCAGAGGAAUAUGCAUCCACGGGGUUUUGUAUUACGGUGCUCACACGGGGAAUGGACCGAAAAUUGUGAGGUUCGAUGUGAGGACGGAAAAGUUUGGUAAGUUCAUUGAAUUUCCGGCUGAGGCUUGUGGUAUUUAUGGUGUGUGUUUGGGUUUCUAUACCCUUGUGGCCUACCAAGGGAAGCUAGCUUUACUUGCUUCAAAAACCAUAAGCAUAUAUGAUUUAUGGGUUUUGGAAGAUGCCGAGAAACAUGUGUGGUCUAAGGUUUCUAUCGUCAUAACUCGAGAGAUGUGUUCGUACGAGCUUAUUUGGCCAGGUGUGACGGGUUUUGUUGCUGGUAGUGAUGAGCUUAUAGUAACUGCUCGUGAUCAACAUCAUGAGUUUCAUCUUGUCUAUGUUGAUCUCAAGACUAGACGUUCGAGGGAAGUUCGGUUCGAUGGAAUCAGAUCCUCAUUUGGAUCAUCUCUGGUGCUUGCUUUCACGGAUUACGUUGAAAGUAUUGUUUUAUUGUAAUACAAGAACAAGAAGAGUGAUCUUGUCCUUACAUCACAUGAGUGUAUAUGGAUUCUUCUUUCGUUUAAUGUUUUAAGUUUUCUUUUUCUUUCUUUCGUUUGAUGUUUUAAGUUUUUCUUUUUCUUUGGUUUCAUGUUGGUCAGUUUUUCUUUUUCUUUUUGGAGUUAAUGUUUUAAAGUUUAUGUCGCAAGUCUCGUCCCAGUGAAUCGUUUGUAGAACUUUUAAUGUAAUAAAGCUCAUUUUCUAGU